UUUUAAGUUGAAUACUACGAACUGAUUGACUUGGGUUUUGGAAUUUCGGCAUAUAGCCAGUAACCACUCUUAUCAUGACUACAAUCAACAAGCUGGCUAGGCAAUCUAAUCCUAAUUUAUUUGAUGAUCUGGCAUCUACUCAACAUAUUGAUUCUAACAUUGUGGUUUACCAGAAUAUAAUGAAAUAUCGUAUUUCGACGAUUAAUACUCGCCGAGCGCAUUUGAAAAAAUUACAAAUGCUAAAUAUCGAUAUUCAUGAUUUGAAUAACGAAAAUAUUAUCGAGACAUUGAAAAAGCUACAGGAAGCAUCAAAUAAAAAUGGCAAAAAAUUAACGGUGAGUUACAUCAAUAUCAUAUACUCAACGAUACGUAAAUUAAACCCUUUCUUAACUGUAUCAGCUUCUAAAUUUGGAUUUCCCCGACACAAUCGUACUACUUUGAACGAGUUGGCUGACAAUAUUGAUAUAGUUGGCUUAAAAAAGUUAUUCGGAAUAAUCUUUCAAUACACUUAUAAUUUUAAAUCAAUCAACUUCUAUAAAAUAACAUCACGUGCUACCGUUGAUACUGCAAUUACGAUAAUGUUAGUUGUAAUAACAAAUUUACGUUUUGAACAGUUAUCAAAUUUGCGCGUACAUGAUUUAAAAAGGAUUGCUGCCAGUAAACCAACUUCUAUACAGAUUAACUCGCGGAUUACGACAGUAAAAGUUAUAAAAACUGCUGAACUAUUUGAUACACUGUACACGUGUAUCAUCAAUAUGAUUCUGAGUCGUGAAGAAUUCGUAAAUCGACAAUUAAAUAAUAUUUAUACAGUUGAUCAUAGCAAAAAUAAUAACAAUCGAUGCCAGCAAAUAUUAAUUAAUAAAACGAAUACAGAUGAUAUGCUCAUAAUAUCCUGCAAAAAAGAUUCGAUUAAUAAAACAAUUCAUGAGUUGUUUGUAAAAAUCCACGAAAGAAAACCUACGAUCUCUUUAGGUAUUACAUUAAUAAAAAAAAUAAAAAAUUAUUUAAUCGACACAAUAGAGUUACAACUUCGUAGUUAGUUGGAGAUGAUCAUCUUAUCGGAGAAUAAAACUUUAUUUUGGUAAAUUUGAAAUUGAUGAAAAUCAAUAGUAUCCAGAAAAUGAUAUCAAAAUUCGUAGAAGCUAAAACAUCAAAGACUCAAAAAAUUUUUAGCUAAAUAAUAAACCAAAUAUUCAAAUUAAUACGGAUUUUUUUUGCCGCAAAUUGUAAAUUGCAAAAGAAUUUUGACCCUUAUAUUCGAGAUAAUUCAAAUCUUUUCAUGUCCCUUGCGGGAUUGCGAUAACGUCAUUUCUACGGUGUUUUGCAGUAUUUAUUAAGCAUAAGUAUUUUUACGGUAUAACUACGGUAUAUCUACGGUAGAAAUACAGUGUGUUUGUGUACCUUGAUUGAAGAAACGAAUUUGAUAGUAUUAAAAAGGAUUAAAAUGUUAAUACUUUCAUAUUCUGUUGAAUACUGUAAAUCCUG